AAUUAAUGUGAGCGUGAUCGAAUCGUGGCAGACAAAUUGAAUGAAUGAAUGAAUUAACACUAGAAAAUAAUUUUGAUCCAUCAACAAAAACAAGUCUUCACGAACACUCUCUUUUGCUUAUUCUCCUCUCUUUUCGCAAUGGGAGUCCCAGCUUUUUACCGCUGGCUCGUCGACCGUUACCCACUCUCGAUCUCCGAUGUAGUGGAAGAAGAACCAGCCGUCGCAGACGACGCCGUUCCGGUGCCUGUUGAUGCGUCUAAACCCAAUCCCAACGGAAUUGAGUUCGAUAACUUGUACUUGGACAUGAACGGCAUCAUUCACCCUUGUUUUCACCCUGAUGGCAAACCAGCACCAGCUACCUAUGAUGAUGUGUUUAAAUCGGUAUUUGAUUAUGUUGACCAUCUCUUUUCGUUGGUUCGUCCGAGGAAGCUUCUCUAUCUUGCAAUUGAUGGUGUUGCACCAAGAGCCAAAAUGAAUCAGCAACGUUCUCGGCGAUUCCGAGCUGCUAAAGAUGCAGCAGAGGCUGAGGCUGAAGAGGAAAGGCUUAGGAAUGAAUUCAUCGAUGAGGGGAUACUUUUGUCUUCUAAAGAGAAGCCUGAGACUUCAGACUCAAAUGUCAUUACCCCUGGUACUAAAUUCAUGUCAGCUCUGUCAGUGGCUCUUCAGUAUUAUGUGCAGACCAGAUUGAACCACAACACUGCCUGGAAAAAUAUUAAGGUUAUACUUUCUGAUUCAAAUGUUCCUGGCGAGGGAGAACAUAAAAUAAUGGAAUACAUCCGGUUACAACGCAACAUUCCUGGUUUUAAUCCGAAUACUCGACAUUGUUUGUAUGGAUUGGAUGCGGAUUUGAUUAUGCUCUCCUUAGCUACACACGAGGUUCACUUCUCAAUAUUGAGGGAGGUAAUUACUUUACCUGGACAACAUGAUAGGUGUUUUGUGUGUGGCCAAGCUGGCCAUUUUGCAGCUGAUUGUCAUGGUAAGCCAGAAACUAAAACCGAGGACUGGGAUCCCGCUGAUGAUAUCCCAAUACACAAGAAGAAAUAUCAGUUUCUUAACAUCUGGGUGCUUCGUGAAUAUUUGCAAUAUGAAUUGGAGAUUCCCAACCCUCCUUUUGAGGUUGACUUUGAACGAAUAGUGGAUGAUUUUGUAUUUCUCUGCUUCUUUGUCGGCAAUGACUUUCUUCCACAUAUGCCAACAUUAGAGAUCAGGGAGGGAGCUAUAGAUUUACUGAUGAAUAUUUAUAGAAAGGAAUUUACUGCCAUGGGUGGCUAUCUUACUUAUGCGGGUGAGGUUUUCUUAGAUAAAGUUGAAUAUUUUAUCCAAUCUGUCGCUGUCCAUGAAGAUCAAAUCUUUCAGAAACGAGUUCGAAUACAGCAGGUAGCAGAAAAUAAUGAAGAGAUGAGAGCUAGGGCAAGAGGAGUAAUGCUUGAAGUGCCAAGACCCUCAUUUUCCGACAAGGUCAAGUUAGGGGAGCCUGGAUACAAGGAAAGGUAUUAUGUUGAAAAGUUUGGUGUAUCAAGUCCGGAUGAGAUUGAUAAAAUUAAGAAAGAUAUAGUUUUGAAAUAUGCAGAAGGCCUUUGUUGGGUUUGCCAGUAUUACUAUAAUGGUGUAUGCUCAUGGAAAUGGUACUACCCGUAUCACUAUGCUCCUUUUGCUUCUGAUCUUAAUGAUCUAACUAAUCUAGAAAUAAUUUUUUUCCCGGGAGAGCCAUUUAAACCAUUUGAUCAGCUUAUGGGGGUUCUACCUGCUUCAAGUUCAAAUGCACUGCCUGAAAAAUAUAGGGAUUUAAUGAAUGAUCCUUCAUCACCUAUUUUUGACUUCUACCCUGCUGAUUUUGAGAUUGAUAUGAAUGGAAAACGAUUUGCAUGGCAGGGUGUUGCUAAAUUGCCAUUUAUUGAUGAGAAGAAAUUGCUUGCUGCCACAAGGAAACUUGAAGACACAUUAACGGAGGAAGAACAGCUUCGGAAUAGUGUGAUGCUUGAUUUGCUUUAUGUCAACCGAGCACAUCAUUUGGCUUCACAUAUUUUAUUGUAUUACCAAGUUUAUGGUCAAUUACCCACCCAUGAAAGAUUUGUUUCACCAAUUGACACUAAUGCUAGUGAUGGGAUGAACGGAUAUCUUUGGGCAUGUGAGAGAAACGUUUUGAGCUCUAUUGUACCGUCUCCAAUUGAUGGAUUGCCAGAUAUAGAGUGUAAUCAAGUCUUAAAUAUUACAUAUCUUCAUCCUUGUAGACAUGGACACAUCCCAAAACCUCCGGAUGGUGUAGUGAUACCCAAAAAGAUAUUAAAAGCCACUGAUAUAAAAUCUUUUCCUGUGCCAUGGCAUGAAGACAAUGUUGGUCGGGGACUGCAAGGCAGGGAAAGGCCACAAGUACCUGGAGCAAUAACUGGAUCUCAAUUAGGAGAAGCAGCUCAUCGACUUGUGAAGAACACCCUUAACAUUAAAUGGAGUAAUACAUCCCAUGGAGGUUACGAUGGAGAAUAUAAUCACCAUGGCAUUAAAUCACCAUCUGGACCAUCUGGAUAUGGAAAAUAUUACGGCGAGAACACAAACAGUUACUAUGGUGAAUAUAAUCACCAUGGCAUAAUGACUAGACAUAGAUAUCCAAGCUCAUCUAGCGGCGGGCAGAUGGACAGACAGAAUUUUAGAAUACAAGAUAGGCCACGGCAUCAAGAACAGUUCCAAAAUGUGAAGAAUGGGUUUUCUGCAUUAACAAUGGAGGAAGGAUCAAGACCUAAGCCACCGAGGCUGCCAAUUUCUGGACCAACAACAAAUUUGGAACCCCGAUUUGGGCAGAACACGGUCCGUCCAAUACCACCUCCAAAGUGGAAUAAUAAAGCACCUGUAAAUGGAAUGUAUACUAGGCGUCAGGAAACUUCAUUUGGCGCAGGGCCUCAUGAUAAGAAGAUGAAGAAGGUUUACCAAGUUAAAACACGUGUGCCCCAAGUAACUCCAGAUUGUGGGAAUCAGUAGUGGUGGUUGUGGGUUUUAUUUGUCCUGUGUUUUAGAUGCCUUAGUUUCCACUCUUCUUUCCUUGAAUUGAAGAUAUGCUCUCUUUAUGGAGAUCCUAGAUUCGAGUUCCCUGCAUUUAGAGGACCCCGCAUUCGGUACAUAAGUGAUCGAUCGAUCAAGAUUGGAUGGUCUAAAAAAUAAAGAUUUUUAUUUUUAUUUUAUAAUUAAAAUACCAAGUUUAAAUCUGGACCGUCCGAUCUUAAUUGAACAGUCAUUAAUUAUCCAAAUACGUGAAUGCGGAGAUGUCCGGCAGAGGAGCCGGAUUCCAUCAUCCUAGUUAUAUUAUUAAUGGGUCACAGGUGCAUAUUUGAUACCCUGAUGUGAUUCGCGUGACAAAACAAUGAUGUUUGAAGUCUUAUAUGAUAAUUUGAUUAGGCCGGAGGAGAACAUCAAUUGGCGGUUAGGAAUCAGUGCAAUUGUGUAAAGUCCCGCUUUGUAACUUUUCUUUAUAAGUUAGCUUGUACAUAAUUUAUUUAUGUGAAUAGAAUUUGACAUUCCUACUGCGGGAUGUUGGAGAUUUAUCUGGGAUUGUCAUAUGCCCAACACCUGUAUUCUGUAUGGUAUAUUUAUUACUAAGAAAAAAACACAUUAAAGGAUAAUGUGUUGACACAUUUGUCAUUUCCUUUGUA